AUGAUCGAAGACAGUUCAACUGCUGGGGAUGUCCCUGAGGAUACCAAUGUAAAGGCCCAUCCAACUGGGAGAACGGAUGAUGUUAACCACUUGCAAAAUGUAACUCAGGGCAGGGAGGGUGUGAAUGUCACCCCACAGACACUCCAAACUAAAGCAGAUACUGAUUUUUCAACAAAUGACAUUCUGCCAUUGUCUGGCAAGCUGCUUCUGCAACAGGAUCAGGUUGGGAUGCCUACUGCAAGGCCGAGGAAGGUAGUGAUUGAUCAAAGUGCCAAGAGCUGA